AUAAUUUUAUGUUUGUAAACAAACUCAUUGAGAUUCCCGCUCACUCCUCGCCUCCUUACUGUGGAAGUCGGAGAACCUCUAUCGUGUUUCAAAUAACCUCAUUGGCAUCUAUACGUGAAAAUGAUUUGGAUAAAAAUUAUGUUGUUUUUCACGAAGCCACGACGUGCAGAUGAUUUUGCGUGUAUGUAAAACAAAAUUUUAAAGUGCGAAUUUUCUCCGUGUAUCAAACUGGCUCAAAAAUACUAUAAAUUUGUUGUAAUCACGUUUUAAAUUAAAAAAGUGGGUUUAUUUAAAAAUUCAACUACAUUACUGUUUAUCGUUAAAAUAAACCUAUCAGCGAUAUAACGAACUGUGAAAAUGCCUAUCGCCAUCCAAGCAGUGGAAAACUUCAGUAGCGAAGAUCCAAAUUUCCCGGCCAAUAAUCUGCUGCAGGCCAAAGACGUUCGCAAAUGGAAGUGUCGAGAGCCUGGAGAAAAAAGUGCAUACGUCGUGUUGCGGCUGGAGAAACCCAUUAACAUUAAUGGGAUUGACAUCGGUAACGAACAUUCGGCGUUCAUCGAAGUGCUGGUCGCUCGAAGUGGACCCAGUCAGCCGGAGUUCCGGGAAAUUAUGCUCACUUCCUCUUUCAUGUCCCCGAUUGAAAGUCGCAACUCAGAGAACCCAAACCGGGUCCGAUGCUUUUCGAUGUCCGCUCUUAUUGAAUCGGUGGCCAAAGAUCGGUGGGAUUUAGUUAAGAUAAUUUGUACCCAGCCAUUCAACAGUCGGGUGCAAUAUGGAGUGUCUUUUGUGAAGCUUCACUCACCAAGUGCCGAAAUCAAACCAAGCAACAACAAAUCCUUGGUCCCGGAAAAAUUUCAAAAAAAGAUUGAUGAAGAAACUGUUAAAAAGGAACCACCAAAAGUUUUACAAUUGGGCCGUUUCACAAUAAGAGAAGAAUCGCCUGAUUCUGAUGGGGCUAGUUCGUCCACAACACUUUUUGCUCGCUGGAAGCAAUCUCGAAACGGGCUGGAACCGAGCGCACAAAGUCCAGUGAUAAACAAGACCAGUGGAGCUUCAAUUUCGACUGCUGCGGCCAUUCGUAAUGCGUCCACUCCUGCGGCACUCAAACAGAAACAGUCCACUCCAGUGGCCAAAAGAGCGAUCAUAAACACCCCUAAGGCGAAGCCACGGCUUUUCGAUGAUGAUGAUGACGCAGAAAUUAUCAAACCGAAAAAUCGUAACAGCGAUAGUAUCCUUUACAACAAAGAGGACGAUGAAUCGAACGAAAAACUGGAGAAGAAGCUGGCUCAAGAUCGAAUGCGACUGCAGCGCGAGAAAGACGCCAGAAAAGAUAAGGACCGCAAAGAUCGAUCUCUUACUGAGAAAAAAGAAAAAUCACACGACACGUCUUCCUCCAAGUUUAAAAACUUCCUCUUCGACGAUUCUCCUCCUUCGACGCCGAAUAAGGAAGCGCAAUCUGAGAAGGCCCUUAAAGAUAAGCAUGUGGUGUCGAAUAAAUCUGAACAACGAACUUCCAGAGAACUUAAUUCGACGAAAAAGACUAGCAAUUUAGAGGCCACACCCGAAAUUCGGAAACGUCAUUCGAGUGCCAACACGAGCUCCUCGGAGAGGAACCCUCAAGGUAGUAGUGUUAGUAAAAAACAACGGUUACAACUUUCAUCGGAUGACGAAAGUAGUAAACAGAAAAAGCCGGCACAAUACAAACCUUUCAACAAGUUGCUGGAAAACGUGAUUUUGGUCAUAAGUGGGAUUCAGAAUCCCGAUAGAGCAAACCUGCGGACCCAAGCUCUUGCACUAGGGGCAAAAUAUAAAUCGGAUUGGGAUUCCAGUUGCACCCAUUUGAUUUGUGCCUUCAAGAACACCCCGAAGUACAACCAAGUUCGUGGUCACGGCAAAAUUGUAAAGAAAGAAUGGAUAGAACGGUGCCACGCGCUUCGAAAGCGCAUUUCAUGGCGCAAGUUUGCACUCGACUCUAAGGAAGCCGAAAAAUCCGACUCGGAGGAGGAAAUCCUGGAUAUCGAUAGCAAACCAAGCAACGGUGUUCAAUCAACUAAGCCAUCGCCGAAACAAUCAUCUCAGAAGGAAACCGAUGAAGAAGCUCUCGCUCAUUACGAUUUGGACGAUGUGAUUAUGAUCGAAGGAGAUAAACCGGAAACGUAUGAAGUGUCAGGCUCCGAUACGGAGGAAGAAAUCGAAAGGAUUAGACAGAACCAAAAACAUGAUCCUAGCAAACCGCAAGAUAAUUAUGGCAUGUACGAUAAAAGCACCGAGGAAGAGCCAGAUUCUUCAGGUAAAGCAGAAAACGGAGAUUCGAAGCAAUUCUUCCAAGGGAAAACGUUUUACCUGGACGAUGCAGUUGGGGCAGUCGAUUUGAUAAAACUGGAGCAGUAUGUUUCGCUUUACAAAGGAUUUGUUACGAAAACAAUAGCUGAGGCAGACUAUGUUGUAACCAGAAACAAAAAACCUAUGCCCGAUAGCUUUAAAGGAGAACUUAUCAAGCCACUUUGGAUCUACGAAUGCCACGAUAUGGAAUGCCUCAUACCUACUCAGAGGUAUAAACCCUGAUAGAAACCUUCAAAUUACUGUUUUAAGUCCAUCUUUCCGUUCUUUGUUUACAGUUUUAUUUAUUAAUAUUAUACACGUAACGUCCAAGAGCC